UUCCGCUGUCAAAUCAACGAACCCACCUUCAUACUGAAUGGAAAUCGUGAUUAUAUUGUGGGUGUGCUUGUAAUAUGCCCAUGUGAACUGCGCACCGUCGCCACUCGGCUCUUAGUUUGAAAUGACGUGGGCGUGUUUAAGACACUGACGCCGAGUUUGUUGUUAAACGCUGUAAAAGUUUGCUGUAAGAGGCUGUCUCCGUUCAGACAGGACGCUACUAAGUCAUUAAUGCGCGCGUCCACCCUUCUCCAGCAAAGGAAAUGAAGACGAGACUGCAGAGAAAGUACUUGAUUUUAAUAAUAGGGUACUCAGUGAUGCUCCUGUUCAUCCCCUACAUGCUGGAUUACGGUAAAACGGACCCCCGCUUUAAAUCUGGACUGCAGAAGCAGAGGUGCCCAGAUUUGGAGAACUCUAUGGGGAUGUGGAAUAUAGAAGAGAAAGCCAGCAACGAAACCGAUGUGGCGGAGGAAUACGGCAACAGAGGCAAGACGAAAACGUUCAUUUAUUUGCAUGCUACCUGGAGGACAGGCUCCUCUUUUCUAGGGGAAUUAUUCAACCAGCAUCCCGAUGUGUUUUAUUUGUACGAGCCGAUGUGGCACAUGUGGCAGACCCUGUACCCCGGGGACGCGGAGAGCCUGCAAGGGGCACUGCGCGACAUGCUCGGCUCGCUUUUCCGAUGCGACUUCUCCGUCUUAAAACUGUACAUGGCGAGUCCGAACCUCACCACUGCGAGCAUAUUCGGCUGGAAAAAAAAUAAGGUGAUCUGUUCGGAGCCUCUGUGCUCCGCUUACAAAAAGGACGAAAUUGGGUUGAUAAACGAGGCGGUUUGCCAGAAGUGUCCAGCGAUGGACAUCAAGUCUCUGGAACGAGAGUGCAAAAAGUACCCCGUCAUCGUCAUCAAAGACGUGCGCGUUCUGGACCUCGGGGUUCUGGUGCCCCUGAUGCAGAACCCCUCUCUGAACCUGCAGGUCAUUCAGCUGUUCAGGGAUCCCCGGGCAGUCCACAACUCAAGGCUCAAAUCGAAACAGGCGCUGGUGCGAGAGAGCAUCCAGGUGCUGAGGAGCAAGCAGCGCGCGAAGCGGCUCGUAGUGCCCAACAGGUCGCAGCGCGCUGACAGUUACGUGUCCAGCGCCAUGGAGGUGAUUUGCGAAAGCUGGCUUAAAGACCUUCUGUUCAUCAGGAGUGCACCCCAAUGGGUGACGCGGAAUUACAUUCGCCUCCGCUACGAGGACCUCGUAUUGCAACCCGUUAAGCAAUUGCAGAGUCUGUUCCGCUUCUCCAACCUCACCCUCUUGCCAGCCAUUGGAGACUUUGUGCUGAAUAUGACCCAGGGUGAUAAAUACUCUUCGGAUAAACCCUUUCUGAUAUCUUCACGGGAUGCUAAAGAGGCCAUACACGCUUGGAGGGAGCGGUUGAGUGUGGAGCAGAUCCGUCAGGUGGAGGCUUAUUGCAGCGAGGUCAUGAGCCUGUUAGCGUAUCACUAAAUAAACACGGAGACAACGUAAACACUUCAAAGAAACAAAAGCAAGGAAACGACCAUUCAAAAGAACAAAGUGCACAAGCUACUGUACAUCAUCACUGAUUCACCCUGACAAGAGGUAGACAGAGGAGAAGAGCAAGUACAGGACAGCUGGAGAUUGCUCUACUGCCCUACUGCCCUGCACAACAGCCUGCGGAAAGGAACUUUCAAAUCAAACAUUAUGUGCGGUUUUCAGAGUCCGUUUAGCAAAGGGUUGGCAAAUCCAGUCCUGGAGGGGGCAACCUACCACAGGUUUAAUAUAGCUGGGCCAGGUAUAUUUAAAAUGAUUAGAGACAGUACAUGGCUAGAGGAGUAACUGGUUCAAUUUAAACACUUAAGGACCUGAAGACCUGCCCUGGAAUAAGAAAGACUGCCUCCCUCUCCCUCUCCCUCUCCCUCUCCCUCUCCCUCUCCCUCUCCCUCUCCCUGUUUACAGUAACACGACUGCAUGCAGCAUUUUGACAAGGGAGUGUUUAAUCUUUUGUAAUCCGUUCUCUAGCCCUGAAGAGAGGGGGAGGGAAGGUGAUAAGAAUCACAGUACCUGGGGCACAGCUUUAUUCCAUGUAGGUGUUUUUUUGUUUUUGUCUAUUUUUUUUCUGGCCAGCACAAGCAAAGCAAAGUUUUAAGCAGAAAAGGGCCAACCCUGUUUAUUUAUGUUUUAAACUUGCUAAAUGUAAAGUAAAUUGACACUGUCGUUGCAGGAAAGCAGUUAGCACAGAGCAAUGAAACCUUACGGCAGAGUGACACACCAAACAUUGGACAGCAAGAUACUGAACUAGGAGCACCACCGCCACAGCUUACAAUGGCCCUAUAUUCUGUAGCUGUUAUUAUUAGAACAGCUGAAUAGAAGCACUGUUUGUCUCGGAUCAUAUUAAAAGCAGUAGCAAGGCAGCAUUUGCACACGGGACAGCUCUGAAGGGGCAGAACUGAAAAGAGGACAAGCCGUAACAAAUUCAAAUGUGAAGCAAUACAAAAAAAUAUUCAUGUGCUCUACUAAAAUGCUAUUUACUUCCACAAAAAGAAUGAUCCUAUUAUUGAAACUAAGCUAUUAGUCUGUUGUACUGUAUGUAGUAUAACACGAAGAGUCUUAUUUCAAAAUAAGAGUUGAUUUUAAUGUUUUAUCCACGAGUAGGAAAGAGUAUAGAACUAGGGCCAGACUGCUUGUGCUUUCAGAAUCAGCUUUGAAAAAGAGGCAAACUGACAUAUCAAGCUGUAAUUUACAUUAGCUGCCCCCCCCAAUUAAAGAGUAACACUGUAACAGCAACAUGCAGCAAGGGCUUGUGUAUACACAUGAUGUUACACAAUGGUAUACCUGACAUGCAAGGGAUCUUGGGCAGUAUAUCAAAGCUGUUCCUGUUGCAGGUCAGGUUAAAUGAAGUUGGCCAGACUGCUAACCUGACAGACUCUGUUAGAUAAUAUGCGCUCUGUUGGUACUUUUCCAUCCUUUACAGACCAUCCCAGAUCAAUUUCCCAAAGUAAAGGCACAGCAAAGUGUAAUAAAGCACAGUGAAAGCAUGGUAAAGCACAGGCAAGCAUUGUAAAUUCCAGAGAGGCAUAUUAAUAAACAUGGCAAAAACAUAUAUAACGAUGAGGAAAAGCAUGGCAAAACUGGAAUAAUACCAUGGCAAACUUUUCCAAGGCAUUCUGGAGAGCAGACUCUGGAAUUCCACACCCUAAGAGCUAGUUGUAAGGGACAGUCACAUAUUCCUUCAGAACAACUGAAACUCCUUGCACUCAGCUUAUCAAACAAGGACCUUUCUGCCUCUCUGUGGGAUUACCCUUUUGACAGUUGUUUCUAAUGUUUUGGUUGAACCGGUACAGAAUCCUGACAUGUUUUGUUAUGUUUCAAGAGAGGAGCAUGUAUUGAUGACUGCUGAGUAUUACACUGAAAUGUAGGUUUUAAGUGUUCUCACUUUUCUAGAACCUGAAAUUGUGUGCAAAUGCAGAUUUUGUAGCAUUAAGAAAAUGGAACAAGCUACUUUUUCAGAAGGUAGGUUUUUCCAGUUAUGAUAACACAGAUUUCUUAAGAACCUAAACCAUGUGAAUGAUUCCAUUGCAGCACAGAACCCCACCUAUACAAAGUAGAGCUUAACCUCGAUUUUUUUCUGGACAUGUUUUAAUGUACAAUAUAUUUUUUCUAAGUAACUGUAAACAGCACACUGUCAUGUAUGGACAUUAUUUAUUUAGAUAAACCCUAAAUGUACAAUUUUUGUGGAGCAUGCAACCUUUAUCCUUUCCCAAAGACCUAUUGCACAUGAAAGGGAGAAUGAGAGACAGCCACGUCAGGUACCAUGUAUGCAUGUCAGAGAAGGAUAGAGCCUCCAAAGGGCAAAACCUCUUAUCAAUAAAAGCAACACCAUCAUGCA